AUGUCGGGGAGCGCCGACGAUGGCGCCAUCGGUUUCGUGAAGUUUGCGCUGUCGCAGGGCGUUCUGAAGUUCGGUCAGUUCACGCUGAAGUCUGGGCGGACGUCCCCGUACUUCUUCAACGCGGGUCUCUUCCACUCCGGCGCGGCGCUCGCGGACCUCGGGGCUUUCUACGCCGAUGCCAUCAUUGCUCCAAGGGGCGUCGAAUUCGACUGCCUCUUUGGGCCCGCCUACAAGGGCAUCCCCCUGGCGGCCGCCGUGGCCAUUGCGCUCCACCAGCGGCACGGCCGCAGCGUGCCCUACGCCUACAACAGGAAGGAGGCCAAGGACCACGGUGAAGGUGGUCUCAUCGUGGGCAAGCUCGCGCCCAAGGUCCUAGUGGUCGACGACGUCAUCACUGCGGGCACUGCAAUUCGGGAGUCGAUGGACAUCAUCAGAUCCCAGGGUGGCUGCUCCGUGGUGGGCGUUGUCGUUGCCAUGGACCGCGAAGAGCGGAUGAGUGAGGAGUCGGAGCUGUCUGCUAUUCAGCAGGUGAAAAGGGACUUCGACAUUCCGGUUGUCAGUAUCGCACGAAUGAGCCAUCUGAUCAACUACUUGCAGGACUGGUGCCUGAGUUAUUUACGCAUAGCCAGACUUCGGCAACGAGGGGUGCAGCGAUGCUCGCAUCUCGCCCCGUCACAUGCAAGCAUAUGGGCGAUUCAUGCACCACUAGCAGCACAUUUGGUCGUUUUAAUGUGGUCGCGUCCGCUCAUGCCACUGGCCUUCUCUCUCUAG